AUGCAAGGCUUUCGACGUAUGAAAUUGACGGCAGUGAUACAUAACCGUCGAACCACGAGCUCGCCGUCUCAAAACCCCCUUCCCGCAGCCUUCGAUCGUCUACACUCUUGCAGCCGGGUCUACGGUAUCAACUGGCAAUGCGUUGACCGUAGUUGCAGGGGCGGCAUUGUUCAGUCCAGCCCCCAUAACGCCAUUGCGAUGCUGAACAGGAGUCUGCGUGACCCCAGGGCCACCCUCCUUGAUAAGAUGUCCACUGCCACCGCUAGUAUCGCCACCCAAUCCUCUUUUGCGUCUGUGCAGAUGUUGGUCAGCGAAAGUUUCAAAUUAAACCAGAAGGAGGAGCAGGUGUGGAUGCCGAGAGGCCACGACAGCGGUGUAGAUCAGUCGUCCCUCGGGUUCGAGCACGCCGGCGUCGUUGAUCAAGGAGAAGGCCUGCCCCAGAAGACCGAGAACGACGGCUCCGCAGACGAGUUCGCCUAG